AUUCUUUAGUACAUAUAGCUAUGUUGUAGCGGAGUUUUGGAAUUUUUUUGAUGGCAUGAACCAUGCACCAACCGAACCAACCACUACUAUAGAGUACAGAUCAACUAGUCCCGUUCAACCCGAGCCAAGGCGAAGAGGCCAGCGAACCAAGCUCAACGGUUGAAGGACAUCCGAAGAGGGGGACAAGAAAUCCCGCGAGAUACAAGGACUUCUCUUCCAAAUAGAGAUAGCCUUCAAUAUUUUGUUUCCGGAAUUAGCUUAUUUUUGUUAAUUAGUUUUCAUUAUUUUAUCCUCGGAUUUCUUCUUGAUUCUUUUUCGAAUAAGAUUAAUAGAGUCGAAUAAAGCACGGUUGGAAGAGCUACAUCACGCCCGAACCACAAGCCACCCCAGCUAGAAAAGGAUGUCCGCGAGGGUUGCAUCCACAUUUUAUUGUCUGGCCUGGCAUGCACUGUUUGCCAAGCCACUAAAUACGUUGACUUCAAGUCAACCGGUCGUCGCCAAAAAGUCACCACUUUUUUCCCCUAAUUAGCCAGUUUUAACACAAUUAUUUUCCAUAUAUUACGGCAAUGGGAAAGCUCUACUUCCAUAUUCUAUUCCUUAUUAUCUCUAAUUCCUUUAUAGCCGAAGUGUAUUCAUCAGCCAAAUUCACAAUCGUAAACAAAUGCCAGUUCACAGUGUGGCCAGCCAUUUGGUCCAGCACCGGAAGCUCUCCCCCCCCCACCACCGGCUUCGCGCUGCAUACCGGCGAAUCCAGAAUCGUCAACGCGCCGUCGUCCUGGGCCGGCCGAUUUUGGGGGCGCAUGCACUGCUCCGAAGAUCCGCCCGGGAAUUUCUCCUGCCUGACCGGCGAUUGCGGAUCAGGAAAGGUCGAGUGCGGCAGCGCCGCCGCGGCGGCGAUUCCGGUGACUCUGGCUGAGUUCGCACUCGACACCUUCAACGGGAUGGACUUCUACGACCUGAGCCUCGUCGACGGCUACAACCUUCCGAUCCUGGUGGCGCCGCACGGCAGAAACUGCAGCGAGACGGAGUGCGGCGCGGAUCUGGACAGCGAGUGCCCGCCGGAGCUGCGCGUGACGAGCGCCGGAGGGGAGCAGGUGGCGUGCAGGAGGCCCUGCGAGCCGUUCAAGACCCAGCGGUACUGCUGCAGCGAAUCACUGGCCGCGUGCAAGCCGACGCUGUACGCGCAGGCGUUCAAGCGCGCGUGCCCGCAGGCGUACAGCUACGCGCGUGACGACGGAAACACCACCUUCACCUGCACCGGCGCCGACUACAACAUCACUUUCUGCCCCCCGCGUGACGUUAGUAAAAAAUCUUCGCCGGGCGCCGGUGGCAGCAAUACAACGAUCGACGGCCACAUGGUGUAUGAAGGCGCGGUGGAAGUGAGCUCUGCGCCGGCCACAUAUCGCCGUCGUGGCGGCAAUGUUGCGGUUGAGUUAUCUUUACUACUACUAGUAGUAAAUACUUUUCGAGUGGGCCCAUUUACGGGUUAGGCUUGGGUCGUGAUCAUACCGGCCCAUUCGCGGCUGGCCCAACGUGACGAGGUCACCCAUGGCCAACGAAAAUUCUUGAAGGAAAUUAUAGGAUGAAAAGAGAUGAAAAGUAGUUUAGUGUUGAAAGGUACGAGCAAAGCUCUUGUUUUUUUUUGACAGGAUUGUGUCAAUGUGGUUAAUGGUUAUAGUGAUUGGUAUUCAUUUGAUA